CCUCCUCCCUCCCCCGCCCCUCCCCGCGCGAGUGUCUCCCUCUCCCUCGCUCCCUCUCUCUCUCCCUCUCUCUCUCUUUUGUGAGUUAUAGCAACCGUUGCCUUGUGAAUCAAGCGCCAUAGUCACCGUAGUCCUGGCGACUGUUACCCAUCAACAACAACUACUCCUCUCCUCCUCCUCUUCCUCCUCCUCCUCCCCACCACCACCAUCUCCAUCACCCACCAACAACACCACAAUAAUCCACAGCCAAGGAAACCUGUUUGUCCGUGGUGCUAUGGAAACUAUAAGAGAACUUCUCUCUGCUGUCUAUCACCUAGCCCCUCUGUCACCUCCAGCUGUCUCAGAGACCAUCAUGCAGACUUCAGAGACGGGUUCAGACACAGGUUCGACAGUGACUCUGCAGACAUCUGUGGCUAGCCAAGCAGCAGUGCCUACACAGGUGGUACAGCAAGUGCCAGUCCAGCAGCAGGUGCAGCAGGUACAGACGGUUCAGCAGGUCCAACAUGUCUACCCAGCUCAGGUGCAGUAUGUGGAAGGAAGCGAUACUGUCUACACCAAUGGAGCAAUCCGAACAACAACUUACCCUUAUACAGAAACACAGAUGUACAGCCAAAACACUGGAGGAAAUUACUUUGAUACUCAAGGAAGUUCAGCACAGGUGACAACCGUGGUGUCCUCCCACAGUAUGGUGGGUACUGGUGGUAUUCAGAUGGGCGUCACAGGAGGACAGCUCAUCAGCAGCUCUGGAGGAACCUAUCUGAUUGGCAAUUCAAUGGAGAAUUCUGGUCACUCAGUGACACACACAACCCGGGCCUCUCCAGCAACAAUUGAAAUGGCGAUUGAGACGCUGCAAAAGUCUGACGGUCUGUCCACUCACAGAAGCUCUCUUCUCAACAGCCAUCUCCAGUGGCUGUUGGACAAUUACGAGACAGCAGAAGGAGUAAGCCUUCCAAGAAGCACCCUGUACAAUCACUAUCUGCGACACUGUCAGGAACACAAACUGGACCCAGUCAACGCUGCCUCUUUUGGGAAACUAAUAAGGUCCAUUUUUAUGGGGCUGCGAACUAGGAGACUAGGAACUAGAGGAAACUCCAAGUAUCAUUACUAUGGGAUUCGUGUGAAGCCAGAUUCUCCUCUUAAUCGUCUACAAGAAGAUAUGCAGUAUAUGGCUAUGAGACAACAACCCAUGCAGCAGAAGCAAAGGUACAAGCCUAUGCAGAAAGUGGAUGGGGUUGCAGAUGGUUUCACAGGAAGUGGCCAACAGACAGGCACAUCUGUUGAGCAAACUGUAAUUGCCCAAAGUCAACAUCAUCAACAGUUUUUAGAUGCAUCUCGAGCACUUCCAGAGUUUGGAGAAGUUGAAAUCUCUUCUCUACCUGAUGGUACUACCUUUGAGGAUAUCAAGUCACUGCAAAGUCUUUAUCGAGAGCACUGUGAGGCAAUAUUGGACGUUGUUGUGAAUCUUCAGUUUAGCCUGAUAGAAAAAUUAUGGCAAACAUUCUGGCGCUAUUCUCCCUCUACUCCAACUGACGGCACUACCAUUACUGAAUCAAGCAAUCUGAGUGAAAUAGAAAGUCGACUUCCGAAAGCAAAGCUGAUAACUCUGUGCAAACAUGAGUCUAUCCUGAAAUGGAUGUGUAACUGUGACCAUGGGAUGUACCAGGCUUUGGUGGAGAUUCUCAUCCCCGACGUCCUUAGACCCAUUCCUAGUGCCUUGACCCAAGCCAUUCGAAAUUUUGCAAAAAGCCUUGAAGGUUGGCUUUCAAAUGCCAUGAACAAUAUUCCACAGAGAAUGAUACAAACCAAGGUUGCCGCUGUAAGUGCCUUUGCCCAGACUCUGCGAAGAUACACAUCGCUCAAUCACCUGGCCCAGGCAGCCCGUGCUGUACUUCAGAACACUUCCCAGAUCAACCAGAUGCUCAGCGACCUCAACCGCGUUGACUUUGCCAAUGUCCAGGAGCAGGCUUCCUGGGUGUGCCAGUGUGAUGACAACAUGGUUCAGAGACUAGAAACAGACUUCAAGAUGACGCUUCAGCAGCAGAGCACACUGGAGCAGUGGGCAGCGUGGCUGGAUAAUGUGAUGAUGCAAGCCCUGAAACCCUAUGAAGGGAGACCCAGCUUCCCCAAGGCCGCCCGGCAGUUCCUACUCAAGUGGUCUUUCUACAGCUCAAUGGUUAUUCGGGACUUAACCUUACGUAGUGCUGCUAGCUUUGGCUCCUUUCACCUGAUCCGGCUACUCUAUGAUGAGUACAUGUUCUACUUGGUAGAGCAUCGUGUUGCUCAAGCAACAGGAGAGACGCCGAUAGCAGUGAUGGGCGAGUUUGGCGAUUUAAAUGCUGUGUCUCCUGGAAAUCUGGAUAAAGAUGAAGGCAGUGAAGUAGAAAGCGAGAUGGAUGAAGACCUGGAUGAUUCUUCAGAGCCUCAGGCCAAAAGAGAGAAAACAGAGCUGAGCCAGGCGUUCCAAGUUGGCUGCAUGCAGCCGGUUCUGGAGAGUGGUGUGCAGCCCAGCCUGCUGAGCCCCAUCCACAGUGAACACAUCGUCACAAGCACUCAGACCAUCAGGCAGUGCAGUGCCACAGGCAACACCUAUACCGCCGUUUAACAGCAGGAAAACAACGUUUGCAGCUCACUUUAACCCCGCUGAUACUGGGCUUAAGCUGAAAUUUUAGCAAGCCUGAAGGUUGACUGUUGUCAAAAGUCUAUCUGUGCUGAACAUUACCUUUUUGGAGUUGUGAAAUGGAAUGGGUGUAUGUAUUUUUCCAGGUCAUUUUUUUUUUAAACACGAAUUAUUUGCCUUUUAAUAAUAAGAGUUUGUCCCCUCCUUAGUUUCAGGUGUCAAGAAGGAUUUUUACAACACAUAAUGUCGUUGUUUUUGUUUUCUCAUAAUUAAAAGGUAAUUUACAUUUUGUAGCUUAAAAUAUUUUAUUGUUGAUUGUUAGUCUUGGUGUAUGAUUUAUGUGUAAGUUUUUUAAUUAGAUGCACUUCUGUGAAAUAUCAAAAGAAAUGAAUUUCUUUGAUUUACACUGGAGGCAUGCCCAUUUGGCAGCAGAUGCAUCAAAUUUGCUUCUGAAAGGUGCUUCUCAUUGGACAGAACCAUAAGACACUAUUUUGAUAACAUUUUGGAGUACGGAGAGAAUACAGAGCAUUUUUAUUAUAGUGGUAGAGGGUUGGGAAGGUCAUCUAUUUUUCUCUGAAAAAAAUAAAAUGAGCUGUGCAUUUAUCAGUUCAGGGUAAAUGACAGAAUGGCAAGAGAUUAUGCUAAUAUGUACAUAAUUUGUGUACAUAACUAUUAAACCAGUUAACAAUGCAAGCUUCCGUUAGACAUUGACUUUUAACUAAUUGCAUACCAAUUCCUCUGUUUAAAGACUACUGAUUCUGUAUUGGGACCACUGCACAGAUGCACUCUGCUGUUAAGUGGGGCUGUUGUAGUUAGGUACUGAAGCUGAAAAAUGACUUGACUUUUUUUUUUUUUUAAGUGUACAUGCUACUUAUACUGAGCUGGACAUACAGGAAACCAUUCCAUUCGGAUGACUUUCUUUGAUUCCAGGUCUUUUUUCUAAUAGUAGUUCAAUAUGCUGCUAUUAUAAAAGAAAUGUAUAGGAUGCAAGGAAUGUAGCGACCUGCAUAUGUUAUCUCCUGGUUUCUAAAGUACAUGGAUUUAAAUUUUACACAGAACCUAAAGGCAGUGUGACUGGCACACCUCACUGUUGCUAACCCCGAUUCUGUAGGAUUUGGAUAGGUGGCUGGAUGGACCAUUGCCAUUGAAGAAUGUACAUCAGGGAUCAUCGUACCUCGGCUAUUACAUGGUGCCUUAAAACAGAACUGAGCUAAGGUUUAGUAAGGUUUAUUUUGUUCGUGUGAAUAACUCGUCAAUCCAUUUGGUAAAGUGUGCCUGUCAUGCUCAGAUUCCUGAAGUAAGGACAGGUCACAUGUUCUUCAAGGGGAAUUUAGGGGAAAAUGAAGCAAAACAAAGAGACAAAAACUUCAGUUUCUCUCUGAGUGACUGUGAGUGGACUUCUCUAUGUUUUAUCCUUGGAGCUGAAUAUCACUUGAUUAUAAAUCAGAUUGCUAAGGGUGUGGACUAACAGGCUAGCUUUCAUACAAACAUGUUACAUAAGCAUCAUAUGUUUUAAACCAUUCUUACCUAGUUACAAUUCUAGAAAGUUAACAGAAUGAGCAGGUACUUAUUGAAGUGCAUCUUUUCAGUCUAAAUGUCUAUCUGUGUGUCUGAGUGUCUCUGUGUACACACACACACACACACACACACACACACACACACGCACGCACAUGCGCUCACACACAUACACAGACAGAGAGAGAGAGCAGGAGACUGCUACAAUAGGAAGGUGAGAUCCUAAAGAGCACAGGCUUAUCACAUUUUAUUUUGCAUGAAAAGCCACAGUUCUUUUAAGCACUCUAUCAACAACAACAAAAUAAGAUACAUCCUUUUGUUUAAGUAACUAUAAAAGUCAGUGAAAGUCAAUAAAUAACGAUAUCAAUAAAGCCAAAAAAAAUAAAAAAGGAAAGGAAAGCACAAAAUGAUAUAUGAAUCACUACUGAGGCCUAUAAUAAAAUGAAGACUUCAUCUUUCCAGUUGGGUUGGGUGAGGGGUAUGGUUGAGGAGAUGAGGCUGCGCCAAUCUGGAAAGUUAAAAUACCAAAUGGCUUGUCAGGAAACACAGUGUAUUGAAACUGUUAUUGCCUGAUUGUCUCAAACUUCUGAAGUUCAACAGCAUUUCUUAAGUAAAAUUUAAAUGUCGUAAAUAUAAUUUUUAGUGGGUUCAGAUU